AUGUUUCCAUUUCUACAUCGAAUAUUCACGGGUCAGACCGCAGAGGAAGAACAUCAUCGAAAUAAACAGCAGAGAGUAUCUGCUUUCAAAAUCAUUCUAGUGACGGCGAUGGGUGGUUUCUUAUAUGGGUACGAUACAGGUAUAAUCAACGAUAUAUUAGAGAUGAAGUACGUGUAUACAAAUUUCCCAAGUAGUGGCAACGGGUUUAGCACACACGAAAGAGCAAUCAUUGUAGCGAUACUUUCGCUAGGGACAUUUUUUGGUGCAUUAACAGCACCCUGGAUAUCUGAUACAUAUGGGCGUAAGUUUACAAUAAUGGUGGCGUCUGGUAUAUUGUUCAACAUUGGAAACGUACUUCAGAUAGCAGCAGCAGAAGUGGCAUUAUUAUGUGUCGGGAGAUUUGUUUCAGGAAUUUCAAUAGGGUGUCUAUCUGCUUCCAUUCCACUUUUCCAAGCUGAGGUAAGUCACAAGCGAUCGCGUGGUAGUGUUGUUUUCACGUAUCAGUUUUCUAUUACUUGUGGAUUAUUGGUUUCAAGUGCGAUAUCACAGGGAACAAGAAAGUUGCACAAUUCUGGGUCAUAUCGAAUUCCAGUAGGACUACAAUUUGCAUGGGCACUUCUAUUAUUUGUGGGAAUGCUUUUCCUUCCAGAGUCACCUCGAUUUUAUGUUCAGAAGAAUGAUUUACAAAAAGCACUUGAUUCCUUAUGCAAACUACGGAGAUUGCCCCCGGACGAUGAAGAAGUUAUUGAAGAGUUGGUUGAUAUUAAGGCAAACUACGAUUAUGAGUUAUCAUACGGGAAAUCUACGUUAUUGGAUUGUUUUAGAAGUGGAGGAGGUCGACACAAGCAAGGAUUAAGAAUGUGGACUGGUAUGGGGGUACAGUUUUUCCAACAGUGUUCUGGUAUAAACUUUAUCUUCUAUUAUGGAGUCAACUUUUUUUUAUCCACAGGUAUUCACAAUUACUAUCUCAUGUCUUUUAUUACCUAUUUGGUCAAUGUUAUCUUUACAAUCCCAGGUAUCAUGCUUAUUGAUGUCGUCGGUAGACGACCAUUAUUAUUUUGGGGUGGUGUUGGUAUGGCCAUUAGUAAUUUCAUUAUUGCCAUUUGUGGGGUCAGUAUAAACGAUUCCCAGAUCAAUGCUAUAUUAUGUGUUUCUUUUGCCUGUGUUUUCAUUGCAUUUUUUGCAAGUACAUGGGGUGGAUCCACAUGGGCUCUUUGCUCUGAUAUUUAUGGUAUAUCCGUUAGACAAAAGGCUUUUUCUUUGACUGCUGCAACUAACUGGAUUGUGAAUUUUGUGUUUGCAUAUAUCACACCUUAUCUUAUUGAUACUGGCGAACAUACGGCGGCAAUAGGAAGCAGAAUCUUUUUUAUGUGGGGUAGUUUGAAUGCCGCUGGGGCUAUAUUUGUAUUCUUCACCGUAUAUGAAACAAAGGGUUUAAAGUUAGAAGAGGUUGACUUUAUGUAUGCUCAUUGCAGCAAUGCCAGAGCAUCUAAGAAAUUCAAGUCAACAAAAAUCGAUUUUGCCCAUCUUGAUGAAAACUACAAUCCUAUUCCGCAAGAACAUGUACCAGAUUCGACAUCUUCCAAUGACGUCUACAACGACAAGACUUCCAGUGAGAAUCCUUCUCCACAACUGUUGCAACCAUUGUAUUAUAACAAACAACAAAAUGAUUUGACUAUCAUUCCAUACAAUAACAUAAUUAGUCCUACAAGUACUGCUUCCACCAAUGAGCAGGAAUCUAGAAGACAGUCAAUACUUUCUCAACGUGAAAUGUCAUCUAUUCAGUCUUCCAGAUCCAGGUCUACUGCCCAGAGAACCAAGAGUCGUACAUCGGCUAUUUCGAAUGAUUACCAAGAGUACUUAGACUCAAUAAAGCGUGAGUAUUCACAGCAUUAUCAACACUCAGCAUCGAUGAUCAAACAAUUAUCACAAAACAGUAACACUAAUAGUAGCACCAAUAAUAACAUCAAUCCAAGUUACGAAAUACAUCCAUCGAUUGAAGAUGAAAAGAGGUCAAGUUUUAACGAAAUCCCGUUGACGGUCAACAAUAUUCCGACCACAAUCAUUGCAACUCCAUAUUUUGAUCAGCCUCCUAGUGAUUCCGAUUCUACAGAUGAAAGUGAGGAUGAGCAUGAAGCUGAUGCAGACGAUGAACAAGAAUCAGAAGACAGACAGUCAUUAAACAGGAAUGUUACAAAUUAA